GGGGCCGGGCUGUCUGAGCGCCUUGGUAAAUAUUUGUAUUGGUGUUUGGGAGCCCAUGGUGUGUGGGAGCACGUUAGAGCUGGGGCCGGGGCGGAAAAUAACAACAACAAGAGCAGCGGGAUAGGCAGGCCCGACACUCACCCUCCCACAUCAUUGAUAUCAAUACACAUAGAUCUUUACAGAGCAGUGCGGGCAGGAUGUCCGUUAAUAUGGACGAGCUGAAGCACCAAGUGAUGAUCAAUCAGUUCGUGUUGACCGCAGGCUGUGCGGCCGACCAGGCCAAGCAGCUCUUACAGGCGGCGCACUGGCAGUUCGAGACGGCCCUGAGCGCCUUCUUUCAGGAAGCCAACGUUCCGUACAAUCAUCACCAUCAGAUGAUGUGCACUCCAGCUAACACACCUGCAACGCCUCCUAAUUUUCCGGAUGCACUUACAAUGUUCUCAAGGCUGAAAGCUUCAGAAAGCUUCAACAGUAGCAGCCCGAUUGCCUCGAUGGCAACAUCUCCUCCUCCUGUAAACUUCAACUCAGGCUGGCCCAUGUCUCCUCCAAACCAGCAGGGCAUGUGGACUCCAGCAUCACCAACUCCACAUACUGGCUGGCCAGGAGCAAUGUCUCAACAAACCACCUCAGAACAGAAGGUUAAUGUUGCCAUGGAGGCUGAAAGAUGAGGCCCAGUUAAAGCUUUGUAGAUGAAGCGGGAAAAAUCUUGCAUGGGUCAAUAUGAAAUAGUUUCUGUUGUAUUGUGCUGCAGCUAAUCUGAACUGAAGGAAUACAAUAGGCAAGAUUCAACUUCAUUGCAGAAGAAUUAUGGGUCCAGCAGUUUUCAAAACAAAGCAUUGUUUCUGGAGUUUGCAUGUGUGUGACACAAUUAAAAGACUUUCAAGACCAUCAACUUGACUUCAAAAUGGAAUUGUUAACUUUAAGAAACUUGUUUUUGAUCGUUGACCCUUCAAAAGGAACCUAUCAGUGAUUAGCUGCUAUAUCAGAGACAACCAUGAAGAUCACUAAUGGUUUUUAAAGAUUACUCCGUAACUUUUUUUGCAGUAAAAUUGUGGCAGUUGUUUAAUGAAUUACAGGGUGGGAGUGUACGGAGUUGCAACAACGGACAAUAAAAGAAAUAUAAUAAACUUUAAUACAGGGAUUGCAAAUUAGGUUUUCGAAUCAUUGUUUAUCUUUGUAUUUGGUUUGUGAAUGAGGUUUUUUGGGGGAAAAGGAGAGCUAGGAAAGCAGUCAAUAGUGGACUGACUGCAGACAGACUACUACAGUAAGGUUUUAAUGUUUUAUAAAAAAAGUGCCAUUGCAUGAUACUGUACAUUAAAAUAUAAACCUUGAAAAAAACUAAGUUUUAAAAAAAAAACAAAAAAAAUGUGUUUUGCUACUCUUAACAACCGUGUGAUAGAAUUUAAAUUCACUUUAGCAACAGUUGCAAUGGAUACAGGUUUGUCUUUUUUGUCAAACUUGGACUAUAUAAAUUUUUUGUACUACGUUAUGCACAGACAGGGAGUACCGAUUAUUUCUAGAAUUGUUUUAUCUAUUUUAUCACUUCCUCUCAUUGCUGUCCUUCUAUGCUGUCAUGUCCCUCAUUCUGGAAUGUUUUAUGGUCAAGAGAAACCCAAGAUGGCGAAACAAAUCUUUGCACAAAUUGUUUCCUUUACUUCUAAAUGGAGAUUUCAUGCUUCUUAAGGAUUGCUUGUUCUGAAUAGAUUGAUUUUUUUUUAAUGGUAACUGUUCCACAAUAUUUGUGGAGUACCUGAUGAAUAAUUAACUUAUCUUUGUGUUGCUAAAUAUUGUAUGUACUAAUGGUACUCCUCCUGUACUGAUCUUAUAUUUAACCUUAGCAGAUGGUAAGUAUGCCAUCAGUUUAAAAAAAUUAAUAAUUCUGAAGCACAAUAAAAUAUGAAUUGAAAUGA